AUGUCAUCCCUGCACCUCUUGACCGACCCGGGAUACGCGACGUGCCCUCUUCAAACCUUCAUGGCUCAUCUCACUUUAAAGAGUAGUGCACUGAUAGUCUCGUCUGCCCCCCUCCUGCUCGCGGGACCUGCCUACAACUGCCGGCCUCGCUGUGCCUCUCCUUCUCUGCUCACUCGCUACUCAGCUCACUCUCUAAAAUAUAAUCUCAAUAACUAUACGGCUUUGGUACCCCUGCUGCCCUUGCUACCCCUGGUUCGCCUUCUGUGGCCACCACCCAGCUUGCUGACCCUGACCUACCUAUGCUGGCUGCCCCUUCCACCUGUCACACAAGUCCUGUUGUUACUACUUGGAUUAGUGCUCUCUGCCCUCCCUCUCUGCCUUCUCUUCUCCUCCCCCUGCCUGCUCGCUGUUGCUCCCCUCGCUUGGCUGACCUGCCCCUCCUCCCUCUCCUUGCCUCUCCUCUCUCCCUCCUCUGUUGGCUGCCUGCCCCCUGCCUUUCUCCCCUCUGCUGCCCUGGCUGCUUGCCCCCCCCCCCCUGCCCCCCUCCCUUGCUACCCUCCCUCCCUGCCUUCUCCCUUGCCCCCUGCCUCUGCUGUGAUCUGGCUCCUUCCUGGCUGGAGCCUAGCCUCUCCCCUUGCUGGCUGCUCUCUCCCUCCUGCCCUGCUGCCCUGGCUCUUCUUCUCCAUGCUGCCUAGUGCUCCCCUGCGGCCCUCUGCCCCUCGCUCCCCCCCUGCCAUCCUAGCUCCUGCUCCUGCCCCCCUCCAGAUUGCCCCUGCCUGCUCUGGUCUGCCCCUGCCCCCUCCCCCUGCUGGCCCUCUGCUUACUGCCCUCCGUGCUGUCCCAACCUGCCUCCCUGCCUCUGUCCCGCCCAGCCCUGCUGCUCUAUGCUGCAGCUCUGACCCCUCCCUGCCUCCCCCUCUUGCUGCCCCAGAUCUUCCCUCCCCUGCUGCCCCUCCCCCCCUCCUCCUGAGCCUGCUUCCUGCCCUGCCUCGCCCCUGCUCCCUUGCUUGCUGCUCUGCUCGGCCUCUCUCCACCCUCCUCCUGCCCCUCCACCUCCGCCUCUUUUGCCUUGCACGUGCCCUGCCUGCGACCUGCCCUGCCCUGCCUUGUGGCUCCCCCCCUCUCCCCUUGCCUCUGCUUCUUAGCUUCGCCCCUCCUCUGCCUCCUCCCUGCUGCCUCUCCCCCCUGUCGCCUCCUGCCUCCCUGCCCCUGACCCCUCGUCUGCCCUGCUCGCCUCUGCCUGCUUGCCCUUGGCUCCUCUCCCCCUGA